AAUACAUUUGAGUGUGGAGGACUCCGACGCGACUUCAGCCUCUUACUCUGGAGUUGUCCCUUUCACUUUAAGGCAUGAGGAUUAUUUUGUUUUCCUGGGCUCGCUUCGAACUAUUUAAGGCAAUAGAUCCUGGCAUUUAAACGUGUCUCUUGGCGAUCAACAAGCCAGGGGUCAGGAUCCACAAAGCUAGCUCUGUUGGUCUCGAUGGGACUACUCCGGGUUCCCGGGGCUCAUGGCUGAGGAGUGCGGGCGAGCAGCGGGAGCUGCUGCAGGCGCCGGCGCCGCCGUGGCGACUGCAAGGAGGAGGAAAAGCGCGGGAGAGCCGGGGCUGGUGAGCCCCGAAGCGGGGGGAGACGAGGAUUCCUGCUCGUCGUCCGCUCCUCUCUCGCCGUCGUCCUCGCCCCGCUCGCUGACCUCGGGCUCGGGGGGCUGCGCGCCCAGCAAGUGUGUCUGCAGCAGCUGCGGCCUGGAGAUCAUCGACAAGUACCUGCUCAAGGUAAAUGACCUGUGCUGGCAUGUGCGUUGUCUCUCUUGCAGCGUUUGCAGAACCUCCCUAGGAAGACAUACCAGCUGCUACAUCAAAGACAAAGACAUUUUCUGCAAACUUGAUUACUUCAGACGGUAUGGAACACGUUGUUCUCGCUGUGGCAGGCACAUCCAUUCUACUGACUGGGUCCGAAGGGCUAAAGGAAAUGUGUAUCACUUGGCAUGCUUUGCCUGUUUCUCCUGCAAAAGGCAGCUUUCCACAGGGGAAGAGUUUGCUUUGGUUGAAGAAAAAGUCCUCUGUCGUGUACAUUAUGAUUGCAUGUUGGAUAAUCUGAAAAGAGAAGUAGAAAAUGGAAAUGGUAUUAGUGUAGAAGGUGCUUUGUUAACAGAACAAGAUGUUAAUCAUCCAAAACCAGCAAAAAGAGCUCGGACCAGUUUCACAGCAGAUCAGCUGCAGGUAAUGCAAGCACAAUUUGCUCAGGACAACAAUCCAGAUGCACAAACACUCCAAAAACUGGCGGAAAGAACAGGCUUGAGUAGGCGUGUGAUACAGGUGUGGUUUCAAAACUGCAGAGCACGCCACAAGAAACAUGUGAGCCCCAAUCAUUCAUCCAGUACACCUGUUACAACAGUCCAGCCUUCUAGGCUUUCUCCACCAAUGCUAGAAGAAAUGGCAUAUUCAGCAUAUGUACCACAGGAUGGGACAAUGUUAACUGCCCUACAUAGUUAUAUGGAUGCUCACUCACCUUCUGCUCUUGGACUCCAGCCUUUGCUACCCCAUUCAAUGACACAACUACCAAUAAGCCACAGCUAAUUCAUUUAUUUCAGGGACAUGGGACUAAGGAGGUACUGUUGUGUUCUCAUUGAAAAUCAGUUAAUCUUUAAAAAAUAGCAUCCAAAGUAUUUGAAGACAAUUUUGUUUUCCAGGUAUGUAAGUAUAGUUGGCCUGCAAGACACUUUUAUGGCUUCUCCAUAAAUAUGUUUACAAGACUAAUUAAAAAGAAACACAUUUUUUUGUAUUGUCUGGAAGUAGUCCAUUAUAGUUAUGUGUUUGUUAAUUUAUUUAUCAUCAAAAGAGCACUUUGCCUAAAAGACAGGACUGACAAGUGUACAAAACGUUUACAUUUCUUUGUGAAAUUGUAGUUCAUCAUUAGCUUGUAUCUGUAAGUUAUUGCUAUUAAAGUAUUCUGUAUUUGA